UCAUUAGCAUAAAUUAGCCGGGCCGGCAGGUGGGGAGCGGCAGAGGGGACGCAGCAGCCGCCAUGCAGCCCCCCCCGCGGCCCCCCCUGUGCCCUGCGCUGCUGCCGGGGCUGCUGCUGCUGCUCUGGGCCGCAGGACAGGGGCGGGCACAGGAGGUGGCAGCAGAGAACGUGACGGUGCUGGAGGGGGGCACGGCGGAGAUCACCUGCCACCUGCACCAGUACGACGGCUCCAUCGUCGUCAUCCAGAACCCUGCCCGCCAGACCCUCUUCUUCAACGGCACCAGGGCGCUCAAGGACGAGAGGUUCCAGCUGGCGGAGUUCAGCCGGCGGCGAGUGCGGCUGCGCCUGGCCGGGGCGCGGCUGGAGGACGAGGGAGGCUACUUCUGCCAGCUCUACGCCGACGACACUCACCACCAGAUCGCCACCCUCACCGUCCUGGUGCCCCCGGAGGCGCCGGUGGUCGAGGCCGGGGCGGUGGCCGUGGAGGGGGCGGAGCUGGAGCUCAGCUGCCUCGUGCCGCGCGCGCGGCCCCCGGCGACCCUGCGCUGGUUCCGCGACCGCCGCGAGCUGCCCGGCGCCAGCAGCCAGCGGCAGCAGGGGAAGGUGUUCCGGCAGCUGAGCCGCCUGCGGCUGCGAGUGGAGCGCAGGGACCACGGCGCCAUCGUCACCUGCGAGGCCACGCACCCGGCCCUGGCCCGCGGGCAGAGCCGGCAGACGCAGUACACCCUGGACGUGCAGUACGCCCCCACGGCUCGGAUCCAGCCCUCGCAGAGCGUCCUGCGGGAGGGAGACACUUUGGUGCUCACCUGCGCCGUCAGCGGCAACCCGCGCCCCACAGACAUCGCCUGGAGCCGAGGCAACGACUCGCUGCCGGCCAGGGCCCGGGCGGAGGGCGAGGUCCUGACCCUGCCCGGCCUGGGGCCCCAGGACAAUGGAACCUACAGCUGCCAGGCCUGGAACCCCCACGGCAGGGCCUCCGACCACUACGUGCUGGUGGUGUAUGACCCGGGGGCGGUGGUGGCCGCCCAGCGCGCCCUGCCCUACGCCAUCGUGGGAGGCAUCCUGGCCCUCUUGGUCUUCCUCCUGCUCCUCCUGCUGGCCGCCAUGGUCUGGUGCUCCAUCCGCCAGAAAGGCUCCUACCUGACCCACGAGGCCAGCGGCCUGGAGGAGCACGGGGAGGCCAGGGAGGCCUUCCUGGGGGGGGAGGCUGCCAAGCGCAAGGAGGAGUUCUUCAUCUGACUGGGGGCACGGGGAGGGCACUGGGGGCACUGGGAUGGG